AUGGCGAACCUCAGUGGCCUAUCCAAUAGAUCAAGGACAACGCUUGCUUCCCUCCGAAGAUUCGGGUUCCAGACUACCCAGCAAGCCAAGCCUACCGAGUCCAGCAAGACGCCCAUUGACGCAUCUGUGGCAGAAAACUGGUCUAUUCGACCGGAGCUGCUUUCGCUUUUCCAAGAAACGCUUCAAACCGAGCUGGGAGCUCAGGUAAGAAUAAGGCCGCGUCCCCGUAUCCUGGCCCUUUCACAUGGGAGAAAUACCAACACGGUCUCUGCAGAUGGCUUUGACUUCCAUUUCGGUGUCCGCGCACAGGUCAACCCCGUUGCCGCACCCAUUCGCGAUCUCCACGAUGCCUUCAAUCCAGAUGGACUGCUAGAAUCGCUAACGGCGGCGUUUGAUACCUCGCCAUAUCCGAUUCGCGCCGUUGUACUCACAUACCCUGGAAACCCACUCGGCCAAUGCUGCUCAGCAGAGGCUCUCCGCCGCUGCGCUAAAUUUUGCCACGAUCGUGAGCUUCAUCUGAUCUGCGACGAAGUCUACGCGCUGUCGUACUUCGGGGCAGCCGACUCCGAAGCAACUCCGUUCCAGUCUAUCGUCAGUUUUGAUCUCAAUGCUAUGGGGUGCGAUCUUUCGCGGGUCCAUGUCGUUUGGAGCAUGAGUAAGGACUUCGGAUGUAGCGGGCUACGAUUGGGUUGUGUUAUAUCCCAGGCAAACCCAGAACUCAUCCUUGGCCUGCGGGUGCCCACAAGCACGGAGGUGUCUUCGCUGUCCACGCUUUGUUCGACGGCACUCCUUACGUCUGCGACCUUACCAGACAUCAUUGAAUUAAACGUGAAAAGACUGUUAUUAUCCUACAAAGCGGUAAUCGCGACCCUUGAAUGCCACGGAGUGGAGUAUAUACCAGCUACAGCGGGACUAUGUGUUUUUGCUCGAUUAGCGCCAGAAGCAAAGACCCCAGAUGACGAAAUCGGUUUUCAACAUCGCCUGCGAGACAGCGGGCUGCUUAGAGCUUCAUCAAUAUCAUACAACUCCAUGGUUAAGGGCUCCUCGGACAAAAUACGACCGAACAACGUGAGACAGAAAAAAAUGGAACCCACCCUCAAGAUCCUCGGAGCAUCGCUCCAGGAGGCUCUCUCGCAGCUCACCGGACCACUGAACAAGGAGCGGCUCGCGGCGCUCCACGACCACAGCGAAGGAAGACUUGUGGAUGCAAACCUGGGUGAGGCGGCAGCUUAUACGAUUGAUUUACUGCAUCAAGUGGAGCAGUUGCUUGAGCCGUCGUCUUUGGUACUGGCUGACCAUUUUCUCGGAUAUCUCAACACCAAAUGCCUCUGCGCCGCUGUCGAGUUCCACAUCCCCGACCUUCUGGUUGAGGGCCCGAAAUCUGUGUCGCAGCUGGCUCAAUUAUCAGGCGCCAGAGCCGACAGACUCGGACAAGUUCUACGACUUCUUCGGAACAAUGGGAUCUUUCAGUACGACACAGAGAAUGCCACGUACAGCAACAAUCCGACAUCGAGCAUGCUGCGCAGCGACCACUGGACGCAAUGGCACAAUUGGGUCGACCUGUAUGGGAACGAGUUCUACGACAUGGCACGGGGAAUUCCAGCAUCUCUAAAACAGGGCACAACUCGAACACCAGCGCAGAUUAAUUUCAAUACGGACCAAUGUAUGUUUGAUUACUUUACGGCCCAGGGAUGGCUGCCUCGGUUGCACCGGACUUUGGGCGGCGGUGCCACUGCGCAGGCACCCGGCAUUCUGGCCGACUAUCCCUGGGAGGACUUUGGAGACGGGCCCUUUCUGGAUAUCGGGGGCGGCGAAGGUGCCCUGAUUGCGCUGAUCCUCCGGAGACAUACUCGCACCAAGGCAGCGUUGCUGGACACGCCCCGGGUCAUCGAGCAUGCGCGGACACUCUUCCUGUCGCCGGAUGGGAAGCUCUCGCGCUACGGAGACCUGACUAUGAUGGUGAGUGCGGACGGGCAGGAACGGACUGAGGCCGAGUGGCGUACUCUUGCCGGACGGACCGGUUGGGAGAUCCGGACGAUUCGGAAGCUGCGAGGGGCCUGGCCGUCCGAUGAAACGUCGUACAUCAACUACAUCAAGCCCCUCAUACUCGCACACGAACUGGAGAUCCCUCAUGUACUCUCCGUAAUCGACACGAAGGACGAAUGGUUCUACCGCAUCCACCCCGAGCGCAUGGUCCCAUCGCUCAAGGAUCAGGAUCCCGAGACAAAAGCAGAGGUGAUUGUGUUUGAGAGCACCGCCUGUCUCCAGUACCUUGCGGACCGGUUCGAUGACGGGACAUGGACCGGACGGAAUGCAGCGGAGCGAGGAUCAGUCCUCUCGUGGACAGCAUAUCAGACCGCCGCACUAGGACUACACGAAAACUGUCUCCGGCAAUGGGAUAUCCUGGAAAAGCGGCUUGCUAGGGAUGGACAGGAAUACAUUGCCCUGAAGGACCGCCCGACCAUAGCGGAUCUGUCGUAUUUCCCCUUCUCAAUGCCGUGGAUGUUCCAGUUCCUCGGUGUCGAUAUUAAAGAUUGGCCUAGCAUCGAGCGAUGGAGCCAGCGCAUGCUAGCACGGCCAGCCGUCCAGGCCGUUAUGGAGAUGGGGCCGCAGAUCGGACACUAA